AACGCGUCCAAGACGAAAGUCCAACACCAAGAUCAAGCUGAAAACGAAGAAAGGAAGGACGAAUAAGAAGGACGUCGUACCUCCGAUGAAAUUGGAAGAACCGCUGGAGUGCCAGCGGUGUCCGCAGAUUUUCGAUAACAACAUAGAAUUUGCCCUGCAUUCUAAAGAUCACGCCGACCAUGGGAAGUACAGCUGUCAUAUGUGCCAGUAUACCAACAAGAACAAGUAUCGAAUGGAAGCCCACGUUAGAGCUCAUGAAGGGUCCACCAAGUACAGGUGCGAAACUUGUAUGAAACCGUUCAACAUCAGCACUCACGCCGAAGAACACAAAUACUUCCACACCGGCGAAACGCCUUUCGAGUGCGACAUCUGCAACAAGCGUUUCAUGUUUUCGCGGCUGCUAACAAAACACAAAACCUCGGCCCACUACGAAAGAGUAUUCGGCAAGCCGUUCGUUAAAUACGACUGCAAAGUGUGUCAGAAACACUACGAGUCUCUGCCUGGUCUGCAACGGCACAUGUACAGCCAACAUAACGACAAGGGCGUGGACUGGUCAGUGAUAUGUGACAUUUGCGGCAAGAAGAUCUCUUCAAGGGAGAAACUUAAAUACCACAUGAGGACUCACAGCGGAUACAGGCCUUUUCAAUGUGCCAAGUGCCCGAAAACGUUCCCUAAGAAGGACCAACUCAAGGAGCAUGAAAGGGUCCAUUCGGGGGAGAAGCCCUUCAUGUGUAUGUACUGCGGGAAGAAGUUCGGACAUCGGGCGCCGUACAGGUACCAUAUUAAGACCCAUACCGGAGAAAGACCCCAUCAAUGUCCGGUCUGCGGGAAAGGGUUCAUCUCGAAACAAGCUAAGGAAGGACAUGCGGCUACGUGUAAUGUGAAAUGAAACAAGAAAAUCCAGCAGGGAAGCAGUAUUUAGUUCCUAGCAAAAUUUGUGAUACCGACAUCGUGAAUCGAUGUCUUUAAUUUAAUUUGUUUCUAUUGUAUUUCAAGCGACUUUUAAGGGAUGAUUCGUUUGGACGUACUUUCUUCAAAGGAAAAAUAUAAUCAAAUGCAUCAGGUUGUGUUUAUUAUUGAAAGAAAUGUUUAUCUGGUCGAAUCAAACACGUAGCACGUCUUACAAUAUACAGGGCGUUUCAGUUUAUUGUUGCAUAACUUUAAGAUUCGAUAAAACUUUCAAAAUUAAUGCAUAAAGUCUAUAUAAACAUGGGUCGAAAAACGCGUGGCUUCUGAAAUACAGG